CGUGCUUACACGUUGAGCAAUCCAAGCUUCUCUCUUACUGCCACACACACCCUCUCCUCCCCCCAAUCCCAUUAUAUUUUCAGUAUAAAUAGCCAGCAGCUAAACCACUUUUCUCAAACAUCCUCUACUCAUAACUCAAAAGCCUUAUCAACUCUGUUUUUCAUUCAUUCACCUUCCAAGAAAAACUCUUCAAUCAUCAUACAUCUUUGCUUCUCUAUCUCUUUCUCUCCUUCUUUCAUCCACUUCUCUAACCUCUCAAGAACAUAGCAAAAGCAAAAACUCCUACAUCACAAAAUGGUAGUGUUGUCCAAACCAACAACAGAGCAAUACUCCUACAUCUUGAACUGCAAACCAACCACAUUCUCCAACACAAUACCUGUGGUUGACCUCUCCAAACCCGACGCAAAGACCCUCAUAGUGAAGGCCUGCGAAGAGUUUGGAUUCUUCAAGGUCAUCAACCAUGGUGUCCCCAUGGAAACAAUCUCCAUGUUGGAGUCUGAAGCUAGCAAGUUUUUCUCCAUGCCCCUCAAUCAGAAGGAAAAAGCUGGACCACCCAAUCCAUUUGGUUAUGGUACAAAGAAUAUUGGACAGAACGGUGAUGUUGGUUGGGUUGAAUAUCUUCUUCUUACAAAUAAUCAAGAGUACAAUUCCACCAGACUCUCCCCUGCUUUUGGCAAAAACAGAGACAAGUUCAGGUGUUUGCUGAGUGAUUACAUGUCCUCUGUGAAGAAAAUGGCUGGUGAGAUUCUUGAAGUGAUGGCUGAGGGGUUGAACAUUCAACAGAAGAAUGUGUUCAGCAAGCUUCUAAUGGAUAAGGAGAGUGACUCUGUCUUCAGGCUCAACCAUUACCCUCCAUGUCCUGAGAUGGCUUUGAAUAGGUGUGAAAACGUGAUGGGUUUUGGUGAGCACACAGAUCCGCAAAUCAUUUCGUUGCUCAGGUCUAACAACACUUCUGGUCUCCAAAUUUGUCUUCGAGAUAGGACUUGGAUUUCUGUGCCAUCUGAUCAUAACUCCUUCUUCAUCAAUGUCGGUGAUUCUCUUCAGGUUAUGACUAAUGGACGGUUCCGGAGUGUGAGGCACAGGGUUUUGGCAAAUGGCUUCAAAUCCAGACUCUCCAUGAUUUAUUUCGGUGGUCCACCAUUGAGUCAGAAAAUUGCACCAUUGCCUUGUCUCAUGAAAGGGAAUGAAAGCAGCUUAUACAAAGAGUUCACAUGGUAUGAGUACAAGAAAUCAGCUUAUGCUUCAAGAUUGGCAGACAAUAGACUUGGCAACUUUGAGAGAAUCACAGCGUCAUAAUGGGCUUAUGGGCUAGAGGAAUAUUAGGGGACACCUAUCAACAUUAGAGUUAUAAUAUGAUGUAUUUGAAGUGUGUUUUCAUUUACUUAAUUUGUUUUAGCAUAAGUUUUGUAUCAAUCAGGAUCAUAGGUAGGGAAGUACUGUGUAUGUAGCCUCCUGUUCAUCUUUCUUCAAUACUCGUGUUAUGUAAGUAACUAAGUAUUGUAUAUUAUCAGUAAAUGCAAUGAUCUUUUAGUUUGUUUAAUAUUAA